AUGACGCACAGGCCGUCUGAACAGACAAUAACGCACAAAGACGCGGGCCCUAAACCUACAGGACUCUAUGAUGUCCCUGCUUGGAAACAUGUGUCCAGAUGCCUGGUUUUCUCACAGCCAGUCUCUAAAGUCCAGUCAAUGAAGUGCCCACACACUCACUUUCCCUUCUCUGAAUGGAGCCACCAGAAUAAGGAGUUAGGCCACAUUACAAAACCUAGAUUAUUUCAUGUGAAUUUUUUUAUUUUUUAUUUGAUCCGCUUUUCUCCCAGUUUGGAAUGCCCAAUUCCCACUUCUUAGUAGGUCCUCUUGGUGGCGCGGUUACUCACCUCAAUCUGGGUGGCGGAGGACAAGUCUCAGUAGCCUCCGCUUCUGAGACCGUCAAUCUGCGCAUUUUAUCACGUGGCUCGUUGUGCAUGACACCGUGGAGACUCACUGCACGGGAGGCUCAUGCUACUCUCCACAAUCAACGCACAACUUACCAUGCACCCCAUUGAGAGUGAAAACCCCUAAUCGUGACCCUACCAUCCCUAGCAACCGGGCCAAUUUGGUUGCUUAGGAGACCUGGCUGGAGGCACUCAGCACGCCCUGGAUUUGAACUCGCGACUCCAGGGGUGGUAGUCAGCAUCAGUACUCUCUGAGCUACCCAGGCCCCCAAUAGUUAAUCUCAUAUAAUAUAUUCUAGAGAGAGAGAGAUUGUAGAAAUGAUUGAAUACUGUAUUUUCAUUUUUGUCUCCUUGCUGAAGUAGAUUGUGAUUUAUGUAUAUAGCACACUAUAUGCUAUAUGAACACAAUAUUGCCAUAUUAUUUUGAGUUUAUACCACAUGAUGCAUGUACUUGUUUGCAAACUUAACCACAAUGAGUAUAGAUAUACAAAUCCAAACAUACUUGAAUUUCAUUGUUAGACCUUUUCUUUUGAUUUUGUAAUUCCAGUCCAACUUCCCCCUUUUUUUGGUUGACAUGGAGGAUGAAGAUGGCACUUGUUUACUUGAUGUUUUGUGUGACCCUAAAGCCCUGAAUGAUUUUCUUCAUGGAACAACUGAGCUUCCAAGUGGAGAAUUACUCAUUAAUUCAUCCUCUGGAGAGCCAUCACUCUUCACAGACACUCCAAGCCCUGCCUCAUUAGCAGAUGAUGCUAAUUCUCAGGACAUAUCUGUCUCUGGCUCUGUGGAUCUCACCUUUCUGGAGGAGGCACUACUGGAAUCACCAGAAGGAAGUGGAGGUCCAGAAGAGGCACAAGAAGCUCCCAGUGUCCAAUCAGUGGAACCACAGCAGAAGGAGUUCUGUGACAUCCUCCAGCAGAGUCUCCAAGAGGCAGACAUCACUGAGCACACUCUAACAUUAGAAGCAGGACUUGCCCAGACAGCAGAAACUUUCAAACUUGGUCUAUUUGAUGCGUCACUCCCUUUGACUGCACCAUAUUUCUCCAAACCACUGACCAGCCCUGGCUUGGUCUCUUUAACAAAGGACACUCAAAUAGCAGUAGAGCCUCCUCAGCCAUCUUUGUUAGCUGUUGGCCCAGGUUGCCCCUCACUAAAACCCACAGGGACCCAGUUAAUGAAUCAGCUUCCUGGGAAUGUCUUCCCCACACCUUCAACUGAGACAUCCUUUUCUCUUAAUAGAGCCCAAGGCUCCAGCAUGAUCAUCAAGAAGACCCUGCCAAGCUUUGUACGCUGCCAGAUGUUGGCCUCCACAGUUAGAACAAUUUCUCCUCCAGGGGUCAUGCUACAGAAAACACCUCUGCCUAUUCAGCCUAAGUUACAAGUCAACAUCCAGCCUAGGCUUGUACAGAUCAGUCCCAAGCCAGCAGGACAGAAACAAUUGCCAGGACUUACCUUCAUCCCAGCAAGUUCAUCACAGAAUGUCUUGUUGUCCCCUUCUGUAUGUUCAAAGCAGUCCUUCCCACCACAAGGAGGGAAACCUGUUAGCCUACAUGUGGUCAGCCAGGGAGGCUCCAUUGUCAUUCAGCCUCAAGGUCCUUUUCAGAGCCAAAGUCAGUUCUUUCUCCCAAGCCAAACUCCUGAAACAAUGAUCCAGUCUACCAGCACUCCAAGAUGUCUUCUUAGUACACCAAGCAAUCAGGUGUCUAACAAACCCAAUGAGGGGCAUCUUGUUGACAGCUCUCAUAUUUUGACUGUAUACCCAAGGCAAAUGAAUUUCAGCCCAAUUUUCACCUCCCCAACUCGACAACUCACCCUUAAACAAGGGGCUCUCCUGUCAGGAUCCCUGCCAAUUCAGUCACCACAACCUACAGCCUUUCAGAUGCCAGAGGAGCUAGCAGGCACCUAUCCAUCUCAAGUGCGUGGAAAGCAUGGUUCUGUAGUUCAAAGCCCAAAUGUAGGGAACCAGAUUAAAUUGAUUAAUAAUGAAAUGAAUAAUACUGGUAUAUUUAUCCCUGAUAUGAUCACCACACCAAUCGUGAAUGGACAGCCCUUGGUGCCUGCAACCCAGAGAGCUAUAGCAUGGGGAUCUGAAGGGAAGCUGAAUCUUACCCAAAGUUCAAUGCUUCUCUUGCAUGAGAGAACAACAGCAGAUGGGGGGAAAGCCAAUGAACCACAACAAAUGAGCAGAUUGCUUCCCCCAGCUACAAUGGAAGCCCCCAUUGUGGAAAUUCACUCUCAGCCUUCUCCAGUAUCAGCUCUUCUACAGUCAUCACCAAAUCUUACUUGUACCCCUCAGCCAGUUAUGUCAUUAUCCCUACAACUGAUCACCCAAAGGGAAGAGCAACAAUUUUCAGAAGGAAAGCAUAACCUAUUGCCUCAUCAGAAUUUAACAUGCAAUCCCCAACAGCAUGCACUUAAACCAUCAGUUACCCAUGAGCCCUUGGAAGGAAAUCUGCUUGCGCAAAUGGACAACCACAUAUCUCCAGCCCUUGCUGACCAUACACUCACAUGUUUGGCUUCAUCUGAGACUUUCUCACACUCAUUGUCUGAGUGUGAAGAUAUGCCUAUGCCAGUGUACCCUGGUUCAGAGCACAGUGAAAUACUGUUGUCACCUCCUAUUGGCCAGUGCUCUGUAAAGACCACAGGUGCAGCCUUCAUCACAUGUUCUACAACCCCAGUGUCACAAAAGCAGUGUUUGGAUCCAUCUGUGUCAAUGGCUGUUGUUGUUGACCCCCAGAAUGAGGAGGGGCCAGAAAAGAGUAACAGACCUUCCUCUUCCUCAGAAGAGUUGUUUGUGUCUCAGCAGCAAACUCAUGGAUUAACUGAGCUCAGUGGAACCCCAGAGUCAACAGCCCAGGAGUAUCAUCAGAAGAGCAGUGAAUCAGACAGGGAGCUCACAUUCACAUGUGUGACAACCAACAGUGGGAUCGUUUUUUCAGACCAACAUGAUUUACAGGAAAUGGUGUCCAGGCUGCACUCUCAGGGCACAGACACCUGCUCAUCACUCCAGAAGAAUAUCGAGAAACCCUCUGUAUUUGUGGGUGAGAAAGAAGAGAAACUUACACUUGCAAAAAGGCAACACAGGGUGAAACAGCAGCUGUUUUUGGACCACUGUGGUGUCCUCAACCCAAACACUUCAGUUCCAUUUGUUUCAGUAGAAGAUGCUGUGAGGCAUUUGUUGCCCUACCAUACUUGUGCUAGAGCACUGCCCAGCCAGGCUGACUUUAUCUCAGUGGACAAGCAGUUUGAGUGUAUUUCAGUGCUGCUGCUGGAACAAAUCACAGACAUGCUGAACAAGUACAGGCAGCUUCUUCUGGCUGGAUCUCAGCAGGAGAGUCCUUCAGCAGAGAUGGUGAUGCUAGAGCGUUUGUUUCUUCAGUCAGAGAGACACUUGCUGGGGGAGGACAGACGCAGAGCUAGAAGAGAUCCAGCAGAGUCCUUCCUGGUUACCUGGAAUAAGAACUCAUCUCAACAUAGCACAGUGUCAUCAGUCCAGGCUGGACAUUCUAGCUGUCCUUCAUCGCCGCCAUCGUGGGCCUUGCAAUCUGACAGACCUCCUGGACUCAAGACAUACCGCUCCAGCAUCUGUGGCUACAAACGAAACUACAGUGGGCAGGUAACGAAUGGAGGAGACAUGAAGGGGAAAGGGAAAUCCCUUAAGCUUCCUUUAUCAAACGCUCAAGAUAUCAAAAAUGAUCUGUGGCCAGAUCAGCCACCCAAGGUGAGAUUGAACCCUGACAUGGAAUCAAGCAGGACAGGUAGUGAUUUGCAGAACUUUUCAGAUUCUGUGGCCAAGCCAGGCUAUGUAACUCCAAGUGUGGAUGGCUUACUUCCAGAACAGUGCAGUCCAGUGUUGAAAAGGAACAAGCUGGCUGCUUUAGAGGUGGACCCUCCAAGUUUGCCCACACUGGUGGAUGACAGGGAACUGUGUGGACACCUGCAAAGUGCUCUAGACAGCAUCCUGGAGCUUCAAAGGCUGCAAGGUUCUCCUGCUGAGGAAAAACAGAUGACUCAACAGCCUAACGUACUGGAUCAGGCUUUCAGCAGCAUGCUUGAAGGACAGCUAUGAGACAGAGAUAAAAUAAGUGCUAGAUAAAAGGUAGAGUCUCACUAGUCCGUUGUCUUUCCUUUAUCUGGAUAUAUGGCCCACACAUCCUGCAGUCCUCAUCCAGCAGACAUUUUAUUACAUUUUCUGAUUUAAUUGGACCUGAAAAAUGUCAUUUAUAUGGUCAUUAUUAUUGUGCAAAUAUUUAGCAAAUUUGUUUAAUUUAUUUGAUGCAUACAGGUUUAAAUUAAUUCAAGACAUUCAUUUAUGGCCUUCUAUUAGUUUGAAGAGAGCCUAAAAAACAAGUGUAGUUUGGCUGUAUGUGUAUGCGUUCUUUUAAAAUAGUGUUUAUUUGUGUGUUUGUGUGUGAUACAAUGGUUUGUCUUACACACUCAAACUUUUGGUGUGUCCCAGUCUGUUUGACGUCAAGACGUUGGUUUGUUUGGUUGGUUUUAAAGCUUAUUUCCUAAACUCGGGUGCUCAAAGAACCAAACCCAAGUACACUUGAAAACAUUUGUCUGGCAUACAGAUCAUGUGGGAGCAAAAUGGGAUAAUAGCCUUGAUGUGUCAAAAUUGCCUUAAUCAGCAAAUAAGAGAUUACCCCCAAGGCAAACUCUCUUGCUUGACCAGAGUUUGAAAAAUACCAAACAAACCAAACUCUGAUGACUUGAGUCCACACCAAAAGCUCUACAUUUCGUGCUCAGACAGUACACAUAAAAUAAUGUCUGUUCUAGUUUGUUUAUCCCCAAAGAACAUAUGCCCCCUUUCCUUCUGAUAUCACCAGCAAAACCAGCUAGAAACACCAGUGAGAUCUUAAGAAAUGAAUUCUCAAAUACAGAUUGAAAAGGUCAAGCAUGCAACAGGAUAUUCAUUAAGCAACUGGCAGAUGUAAUGUAUGCCUUAUCCCGUCACUGUUAUGAGCUGCAUUAUUCCCAUUGAGAUUUAAGACAAAAGUCUCUCAAGAGAUGUAAACACAUAAGCAUUAAGUAGCAGAUGGUUGUAAAUAUAUGGUUGUGCCUCAAUUCUAUGGACUUCCUUUGUUCAAGAUGUUGAAACUCAUAGAUAAUUGAAGUGUUCUGAUCACUGAGCAGCCAUAUCACCCUGUAGCUCAAGACCGGUUGCCCACUGAAGCUAAGCAGGAUUGAGCCUGGCCAGUACCUGGAUGGGAGACCUCCUGGGGAAAAACUAAUGUUGCUGCUGGAAGAGGUGUUAGGGAGGCCAGCAGGGGGUGCUCACUCUGCAGUCUGUGUAGGUCCUAAUGCCCCAAUAUAUUGACAGGGACACUAUACUGUAAAAAGGCACUGUCCUUUAGAUGAGACGUUAAAGCAAGGUCUUGACUCUCUGUGGUUAUUAAAAAUCCCAGGGCACACUGUAAAAGAGUGUCCUGGCCAAAUUCCCCCCCACUGGCCCUUCUUAAUCAUGGCCUCCAAAUAAUCCCCAUUCAUCAAUUGGCUCUAUAACUCUACUCUCUCCUCACCACCAAUAGCUAGUGUGUGGUGAGUGUACUGGCGCACUAUGGCUGCUGUUGCAUCAUCCAGGUGGAUGCUGCACACUGGUUGAGGAGAGAUCCAUGUUCACUGUGUAAAGUGCUUUGAAUGUAGUGUCAGAAAAUGCACUAGAUAAAUGCAACAUCAAUUCUGAACAUGGACAACAAUCUGCACUUACUGUGAGAAUACAGACUAUAUAGUUUACCAAAACCUAAAGCAGUAUCGUCUGCAAACAUCCAGACACUGACAAAUGUGAUAUUGGAUUAUUUGCUUUCAUGUUUUAACUUGACAAUCUCACAUUAUACCAGCGAUGAUUACUUCAUAAAGGAACAGUACUGUUCCCAAACAACAGCGUUUGCUUGCCCUGGUUAGUAUUUAGUUGUGAAAUGUAAUAUGCAUUACGAAUACUGUGCUCACGUUGAGUGUCCACAUUUUAUGUGACCAACAUGACUGAAAAGUCUUUGCUUUUUGUAUUGUUACCAUGACAGAUGCUAUGCAUUAGCCUUUCAGAACACUCGCCCCAGAAGCUGCCAGUAUCACAAGUUAAAUAAUGUGACUGGCCCUAAUUGUGUUUAAGUUUGGCUUGAUUUGAUUUUUUGUACUGUACUCCGAGCCUGAAACGUGUAGCAUAUUAGCUGAUCCAAAAGUACAUUUGACAAGCAGAUUGUUCUGAUGCCACCAUCUAAGAGGCCUUAAACCUGCGGUACCAGAUUGUAAGAAUCUCUUCAAGAAAAGUUACUACUGAUGAUUAAGCCAACAUUAGAGCCAAUAUCAUUGAGGUGAGAAAUAAAAAAAAAAAAAAAACAUAUUUAUAGACUAUU